AUGGAAUCAAAACCCGUAUAUACGGCGCUUAACAACCAAUCCGACUCCCCACCGGAGUACGAUAGUAACAUGCCGGGCGUCCCAAUGCCAGCAUCGGCUCCAACUCUAGCUCCAGCUGCCGUACCAGCUCAGCUGGCAUUUGCUUCGGUGGCGCCACAGCCACCUGUCUACGUUGUGCAGCCCCAAGUGAUGAACCAUUUUGGCAGCAAGCCUUCCAUGGUCGUGUGCCCAUCCUGCAAUGCCCGUAACUUCAGCAAAGUGUCUUACAAGUCCAGCACCAAGACGCAUCUCAUCGCACUUGUUCUGGGCAUAACCACCUGUUGUUGUUGCAUUCCCUACUGCUUCGACUCCUGCAAGAGCGCUGAGCACGUCUGCUCCAGCUGUGGCUCGUACGUUGGAACUUACAACAAUUGAUCAAAUUUCCAAUACCAUAACCAUUCCAAUGCACGUUUUCUAUGUUACAUUAUUGACAACUAAAA